AUGAUCAAAAUCAGGGGCAUGCUGCAACAACUCAUUGGGACAAAUGGAAAGAUGCAAGAGAAGUUAGCUGCAUAUGAUUCAGCAAUCAAAGGCAUUGAAACUCAAUUGGGACAGCUGUUGCUACCAAGCGCACACGCAACUAUCUAUGGCCUUGAACAAUCGCCCACAAGGAACAUUGCCUGCAGUACAAACGUUAAUCCAAAGGAGCAGAACCCAAAUCAGCUCAUGGCAGUGAGUCUCAGGAAUGGGAGAGAUUUAGACAGGGAGCAAGAAGUUGCUCAAUCCAGGAGAGAAACAACGCCAACUACUCCAGCUGCUCCAGUUACGUUGGAGACCAAUGAGUCGGCAGAGCUUACUGAGGGUAAGGAGAAGGAAGGUGAACAACUCCCAGAAAAGGUAGUAGAAAAAGCUUCUAGCAAAGAACAGACGCAAAGCAGUGUGCACAGGUUGAUUCCUGCACCAUUCUCGAAGGACCUGUCCACUAUAACUCUGACUCAGACCUACAGCGGGGUAGUGACAAGACCUACGGCUCAAAAGGUGUCUGAUCCAGGUAGUUUCACUAUCCCAUGCACCAUUGGGAGUUAUGCUUUUGCUAAAGCAUUGUGUGAUUUAGGAGCCAGUAUAGACUUGAUGCCCUUGGAAAUCUAUACAAAACUGGGCACUGGCAGAGCUAGAUCGACCUCAAUGUUGCUACAACUAGCUGAUCGCACAGUGAAAAGACCGACCGAAAUUCUUGAUUAUGUGCUUAUUCAAGUGGGGAAAUUUGUAUUCCCUGCAGACCUCGUCAUACUUGACUGUCAAGUGGAUGAAGAGAUACCAAUCAUUCUGGGCAAGCCAUUUUUAGCCAUUGGGAGAGCAUUAAUUGAUUGUGAGACUAGGGAAUUGAAAAUGAGGUUGAACAAUGAAGAAAUCAUAUUCAGUGUUCAACAAUCUAUGAGGAGACCCAUCGAAUUUGCAAAUUGCUCACUAGUGGAGGUCGUGGAUGUGAUACUACAAGAGGAGGAUGAGACUAUUAAUGUUAAGGAUCCGUUAGAAGCUUGCUUGAUGAAUCUGGAAAAUGUGGAUGGUCAGGAGUUUCCAUAG